AUGCUGAUCUCCUCCAUGUUCGAUGAAGUGCUCCACCUAGCAGUCGGACGGGAGACAGCCGCAGAGGUGUGGACGUCGAUCACAACGUCCCUAGGAUCCUCUACGCAAGCUCGCUGCGUCAGCCUCCUAGGCCAAUUCCAGUCGUUGAGGCAAGGGAUUUCAUCUACAGCUGAAUAUUUAGGACGUGCCGAGGUUCUCGUGGAAGCUUUGGCUCAAGCCGGCCGGCCGCUCUCCUCCACCGAGCAGAACCUGUAUGUGCUACGAGGUCUGCGUCAAGAUUUGUGGAUUAUGGCAGCAUCGCUCACUGCCACCAACAACGCCGUCUCACUCUCGCAACUGGCUGACUUCCUUCAGGCACAAGAGUUCAUCAUUUCUGAUGAGUACUCUGCAGUUGGCGACGGCAAUGGUGGUCACCCCACGGCCAUGUACGUAGGGCGCGGUCGUGGUUCGAGCGGUGAUGGCGGAAGAGGCUCCGGCACUGGGCAGCAGUGGUGGGGCGGUCGAGGUGGUAAUGGCCGCAACGGCCGUGACAGAGGUGGCCGGAAUGGCCGUGGCGCUCCAAGGUGCCAAAUUUGCCGUGCUCAAGGCCACACGACAAUAUACUGCUUUAAGCGGUAUACGACGCAGCCGCCGGCAGAAGCGCAUGUUGCCACUGCCGGCGAUCUCCCGGCGACACCAUCGGCUACAUCGGCAGACGGGUGGUACCUUGACACCGGUGCCACCGCGCACGCCACGCCGGAUGCAAGCAUGAUGUCCCGUUCGGAUGAGUACAACGGACCCGAUGUGCUACGAGUCGGGAACGGCGCAGGAUUCCAAAACCAGGGCAACUCUGCUUAA